CGUGCACGUUGGAACGUGUAACUGAAAUCUGGCGUGAGACAUCUUUUUGUAAAUUGAAACGCUGACCAACGCAUAAUGUUAAUAAAAUAUUUGUGUUAUAAUUCGUUUGUGAUUUCGUUUUUGUUAUUGCUAAAUCUACCGACGCAUCCUUGUCGCGAACAGCAUCCGGACUUCUUUCUGUUGCGCAGUAUACCAGGCUUUCCGAGCGUGCUCGUUUCGAGUGAUGAAUUGUAUGACAAUACAGUGGAGAGUUUACAGUGGCUAGUGCCAAUGGACAUACGACAACUUAACAUUUUCUCACCGCAAUCCUCGUAUCAGAUUAAUUUGCGUUAUCGCAACAGUAGUUCAGUGAAGCGUUAUCCCGGUCAUCAGUUGUGGAAGAUACACGAAAACAAUAUAGAAAAUGAGGUGCUCAAAUCGUUUUGGCGACUGUUCGGCACUGAGGUAUGGAAUAUAAAUCAAGAUGGUAUCGAUGUAUUAAUUGACUACAGGAAUACAGCAAAAGCCAAAGAGUUUAUAGCUAAAACAGAUUUCACCUACAACAUAAUGAUUGACGAUCUAGAAACGGCGAUCGAUGAAACGUAUACGGAAGUGAAUAACAGUAAUGCAAAUAUGCCGUGGUUAGAGAGAGACAAUACAAUAUUGAAUUGGAAUCGCUACCACGACAUCGGUGACAUACAGCAGUUUUUGCAGCACAUUUUGGAAACCUAUCCCGACUUGGCGGAGAUCGUGCAAAUUGGUGUGACGCAUCACAAACGGCCGCUGGAAGUGCUACGCAUCUCCAACGGCAACCCCAAGAACUGGGCGGUCUUCAUUGAUGCCGGCAUGCAGGCGCGCGAUUGGCUGAGCCCUGCUGCGCUCACUUGUGCCAUCUCGAAACUAACCUGGCUAUGGGACAAAGAGCCGUCUUUUAUGCGUAACAUUGAUUGGUAUUUCUUGCCUGUGGCGAAUCCCGAUGGCUAUCAGUACUCGCGCAUCACCGAUCGUCUCUGGACGAAGAACCGUUAUUUCGACAGUCAAACUGGUUGUUAUGGCGUCAAUUUGAAUCGCAACUACGACUAUCAGUGGGGCGGUGCGGGUUCAUCGGAAAACCCUUGCAAGAACCUGUACAAAGGUCCGAAGAAAUUUUCCGAACCAGAAACGAAGGCGAUACGUACCUUCAUGCAUAAUAUGCGCGAGUUUUUGGGCGCAUACGUUUCGUUCGGCGCUUACGGACAGGCAAUCGCUUAUCCAUGGGGUGAUGCAGACUUCGUGACGGACAACCAGCGUCGGCUGCACAAUGUAGCGCGACGUGCAAUGUUGAAUUUCCGCAAAUUGAAUCAAGCCGAGUACCGUGUGGGCACAAGCUAUCGGCUGAAAUUGGCACGCGCCGGCAACUCGGCCGACUGGGUGCAGCAACGCAUUAAUCCCCAAUACGUUUACAAUGUAUUUCUGAAGGACCAAGGGCGCUAUGGGUAUCUGAUGCCACCGCACUACAUUGUCGAAUCGGGCGAGGAGGCCUACGAGUUUAUGAAGACAAUAGCGGCGGCGCUGAAUUGAAGCGCAGCCAAAAAGUGCAUGCCACAAAUGCCAUGUUGUUGUGAGGGAAAAGAAAAAACAAGAAAAAUCUGAAGUGAAUGAAAUAACAAAAUGC